GUUAAGAAUCGUUUCACGGGGAUGACUAUUUCUACAGAUCUUGUACAGCCAGUAGUCAGUUGCAGUGUAGUCAGUUGCAGUGUAUUAACCGUUUUUUAUCGCAAAUCAUGAAUUAUACGCUGAACCAACAUUAUGAGGAGAAGGUGCGUCCUAGUAUUGACCUCAUCGACUCUCUACGCUCCCUUGGCGUAGAGAAGGACCUUGCCCUGCCUGCCAUCGCCGUGAUAGGGGACCAGAGUUCGGGAAAGAGCUCCGUGCUGGAGGCGCUGUCUGGGGUGGCUUUGCCAAGUUGUCGGGGGAGUGGUAUUGUAACACGAUGCCCCCUCGAGCUGAAGAUGAAAAGGAAGAAAGAAGGAGAGGAAUGGCACGGAAAAAUCAGCUACCAGGACCGUGAGGAGGAGAUUGAGGAUCCCUCUGAUGUGGAGAACAAAAUUCGGAAAGCCCAGGAUGAAAUGGCAGGUGUGGGGGUGGGUAUCAGUGAUGACCUCAUCAGCUUGGAGAUUGGCUCCCCUGACGUCCCAGACCUCACACUCAUCGACUUGCCAGGCAUCGCCCGUGUAGCUGUCAAGGGUCAACCUGAGAACAUUGGGGAACAGAUUAAGAGACUGAUACGGAAGUUCAUCACAAAGCAAGAAACAAUCAACUUGGUGGUUGUGCCAUGCAACGUUGACAUUGCAACCACAGAGGCUUUGAAGAUGGCACAAGAGGUGGACCCUGAAGGUGAAAGGACAUUAGGCAUCCUGACCAAGCCCGACUUGGUAGACAAAGGCACAGAGGAGACUGUGGUGGACAUAGUUCAUAAUGAGGUUAUCCAGCUGACUAAGGGCUACAUGAUAGUCAAGUGCAGGGGACAGAAAGAGAUCAUGGAGCGAGUCUCACUGACCGAGGCCACAGAGAGGGAGAAGGCUUUCUUCAAAGAGCACGCUCAUCUCAGCACACUUUAUGAUGAGGGGCAUGCCACCAUCCCUAAACUGGCGGAGAAAUUAACUCUUGAACUAGUGCAACAUAUCGAGAAAUCCAUGCCUCGUCUAAAAGAGCAGAUUGAGGAAAAGCUGGAGGAGACACGUACCGCUCUGGAGAAAUGUGGUACCGGACCCCCUGAAGACCCAAAAGAACGGCUGUAUUUUCUGAUCGAUAAAGUGACUUUGUUCACCCAGGAUGCAAUUAACCUGAGCACUGGGGAGGAGCUGAAAAGUGGAGACAUCAAUGUCUUCUCCACACUCAGAACAGAGUUCGGGAAAUGGAAGGCACACGUGGAUCGCUCUGGAAAGAACUUUAAUAAGAAGAUUGAAAAAGAAGUGGCAGAUUAUGAGAAGCGGUACCGUGGAAGGGAGCUCCCAGGGUUCAUCAACUACAAGACCUUUGAGGUGAUUGUGAAGGACCAGAUCAAACAACUGGAAGAACCAGCAGUCAAGAAGCUGAAAGAGUUAUCAGAUGCUGCUAGGAAAGCGUUCAUACUGCUGGCUCAGAACAGCUUCACAGGUUUCCCUAUCCUUCUGAAAACAGCAAAGACUAAGAUCGAGACCAUCAAGCAGGAGAAGGAGUCUACGGCUGAGUCCACGUUGAGGACUCAGUUCAAGAUGGAGCUGAUAGUGUACACACAGGACAGCACCUACAGCUAUAGCCUGAGGAAGAGGAAGAGGGAGGAGGAAGAGUUGGAGGAGGGAGAGUUAGUUAAAAAUCAUUUAGGGAGUCAGAAAGGGUUCUCUGUUGUCUCUGUAAGGAGUACUGUCAACGGCCCUGACACCCAUGCUACCCUACGGGAGAUGAUGCUGCACCUCAAGUCCUAUUAUCAUAUUGCCAGUCAGCGUCUGGCUGAUCAGAUUCCCAUGGUGAUCCGCUACCUGGUGCUGCAGGAGUUUGCUUCCCAGCUGCAGAGGGAGAUGAUUCAGACUCUGCAGGAGAAGGACCAAAUCGAGCAGCUGCUGAAAGAGGACAUCGACAUCGGCAGCAAGAGGGCUGCACUGCAGAGCAAGCUCAAACGCCUGAUGAAGGCACGCAACUAUCUAGUGGAGUUCUAGUAUGGAUAGCUGCUUGUUAACAUUUAGGAUGGUCUUGUCUAACUUCAGAUCGGUUGGUUAAUGGAAGUAGGCAUUGGGGUUUGGGGUAGAUUCUGUUAUCUAAGUUCAAAUAAAGUUACUAUGCAGUCAAGUUCUUUGUUAUCGUUUUUUUGUUUAUCAUAUUAAACUCAAAUGCAGCUAGCCUACCUGGUGGAGUGGAAAGCUGCCUGAUAGCAUUUGGGAACAGAGAAGGAAGUGCAAUCUUUUUAUUAAUAGGCAAUGUAUAAUUUAUUUCUGAUAUUUUCACUUGUGGUUUACAGUUUAUAUUUCUGAAAAAAUAUUGGUAUUGUUAUUUUAACAUGCUUCCUCUUUAUCAUGUUUGGAUGGGCCUGUGCGGACCACAGAACGUCAACUUAUCCACUGGGCAAGAACUGGUUGAAUCAACAUUGUUUCCACAUCAUUUCAGCCCUUGUGAAAAAAUCCUAUAGGAUUAGUAAUUUUUUUCAAUAGAAUCUCGUCACCUCUAUCAGAAUCCUUUUGGAAUCCUAUUAGAAUCUAUUGGAAAUAAAAAGUAAUCAUAUUGGAUUUGUCACGCCCUGACCAUAGUUUGCUUUGUUUGUUUUUAUGUUUUGUUUGGUCAGGGUGUGAUCUGAGUGGGCAUUCUAUGUUGUAUGUCUAGUUUGUCUGUUUCUGUGUUUGCCCUGAUAUGGUUCUCAAUCAGAGGCAGGUAUUAGUCAUUGUCUCUGAUUGGGAACCAUAUUUAGGUAGCCUGUUUUGUCAUUGUGGGUUGUGGGUGAUUGUCUAUGUUAAGUUGCUUGUAUGCACGGUGGUUAAUUCGUGUCAUGGUUGUCACGUUGUUGUUUUGUAGUGUUCAGUUUUUCUAUUAAAAUGACACUUACCACGCUG